AUGGUCUGCGGUUGUGAGGCUGGUCGGACGUUCUGCCACAUCAAAAACGAUGUUGGAGGUGGCUUACGCUACACCUCCCCUGACUUGAGCUACACCUCCCCUGACUUGAGCUACAACUCCCCUGACUUGAGCUACACCUCCCCUGACUUGAGCUACACCUCCCCUGACUUGAGCUACAACUCCCCUGACUUGAUCUACACCUCCCCUGACUUGAGCUACUCCUCCCCUGACUUGAGCUACACCUCCCCUGACUUGAGCUACACCUCCCCUGACUUGAGCUACACCUCCCCUGACUUGAGCUACACCUCCCCUGACUUGAGCUACACCUCCCCUGACUUGAGCUCCGCCUCCCCUGAUUUGAGCUACGCCUCCCCUGACUUGAGCUACGCCUCCCCUGACUUGAGCUACUCCUCCCCUGACUUGAGCUACUCCUCCCCUGACUUGAGCUACGCCUCCCCUGACUUGAGCUACGCCUCCCCUGACUUGAGCUACGCCUCCCCUGACUUGAGCUACGCCUCCCCUGACUUGAGCUACGCCUCCCCUCACUUGAGCUACGCCUCCCCUGACUUGAGCUACACCUCCCCGAAACACUCACUCACAACCAAACAAUGA